GACAGUUGAUGGAAGCACAUUUAACGGCAGUGUUAUGGCGACGCACGGAGGCAGUUUUGAAAGUGUUAACAGCAUCGAAGUCCGAAAAGAAUACAAACGUAAAGCCAGGGAGGAGGUUAUUCAGAAGGUGUCAUGGAGGGCAGGCAGUGUGCCCCCGGUGAUGCGUUUGGCACACCGCACCACCCUCUGGAGAGCCCUGUGGUUGUGGGCGGUGCAGUUGCCGUACCAGGCUGUGAUCCAGCCCAACAGGAUGCUCUCAAUUGCUAAGCAGCAGUAUGAGAAGGAGGAGAAAAGGAAGGAGCUGAAGAGACAGCGAGGAGAGGACACCUGGAUUCUCCCUGAAGUUGACCUCCGACUGCAGCAGCUAGAACAGGAGGUUUCAGGCAAGAAGAAGAAAGAGAAAAAGGCCAAGAAGAUUAAGAAGAAGAGGAAGAAGGAGAAGAAGGAGAAGAAGAGAGCUGAAGGAGGAGAUGGGUCCAGCUCAGAGGGGACAGGAAAUGAGUGGGUUGAGGCCCAGCCCCAGACAGAGGCCUCGGGUAAAGCCUGGAAGAUUCCUACCAAGUCCGAGGCCAAGCCCACAGACAACAGCCCUACCCAACCCGAGAACAACCAGAGAGAUGAGUGGAUGACCUUUGACUUCUUGACAAUGAGAACAACGUCAACAGCAGAGAAGAGGGCUGAGAAAGAAAGGUUGAAAGAGGAAGAGAAACAGAAGGCCUGGGUCAUCGAGCAGGCUGGUCUGCACAAGCUGGAGUUGAACCCAUUCUGGAAGGACGGGGGGAGUGGCCUGCCCCCAGAAGAGAAGGCCAGUAAUGUGCUUGUAAAAGCUGCAACUGUAGAUGAUGGAGGACUAGGUUGGCUCAGGAAGUCUUACCAGAGGAUGAGAGAGCAGGCAGAGCGAGAGCAACGCAGUCUGGAGGUCAUAGUGGCAGAGCGAUAUGGGUCCAUGGAGAAGUUUCAGAAGAGGAUGUAUGAGGCUGAGAUUGCUGUGUAUGGCUACAAGAGAGGAGAGGGGGAAGGAAGAGGGAGAGGAGAGGAAGAGGGGAGAGACCGACAAAGAUGGAGGAGAGGACAGGAAGAUGGAAUGUGGAGGAAAGGAGAAGUGGGGAUGGAUAGAGAGAGGUGGAGGAGACCAGACAAGGGUAGGGGCUUACCUGGAGAGAAAGAGAGGGAUGGAGAAAGAGAUAGUGAAAGAGAUGGAGAGAGGGAAAGAGCUCGUCACCGAGACAGAGAUCGGGAUAGGAACAGAGCUAGAGAUGGAGACAGCGAGCGGGAUGGUGGGAGACCUAGUGACAGGGAUAGAGAGAGGGCUGGAGGUAGACCUAGUGACCAGGAAAGAGAGAGGGCUGGAAGCAGAGAGAGGGAUGGAGGUAGACCUAGUGACCAGGAUAGAGAGAGAGCUGGAGGCAGAGAGAGGGAUGGAGGUAGACCUAGUGACCAGGAAAGAGAGAGGGCUGGAGGCAGAGAGAGGGAUGGAGGUAGACCUAGUGACCAGGAAAGAGAGAGAGCUGGAGGCAGAGGGAGGGAUGGAGGUAGACCGAGUGACAGGGAUAGAGAGAGGGAUGGAGGCAGAGAGAGGGACAGACCCAGAGAGAGGGGUGGGGAUGAGAGCCUUGGCUCUGGGCUUGGCCAGAUUCAGCCUCCCCUGUCCCUCGGAGCUCUGAAAAGUCACUUCCUCAAGCCUGCUGACGACGAUGAUGAUGGAGUGUCAGCACCUGCUCCGGCCCGAGCUUCCAUGGGUUUCCUGAAACCUGGGUCUGACAUUGAGGAGUUGGGUCGGAAGAGCAGCUGUCCGGCCUGGAGCAAGAGCAGCUCCAGACAGAGAUCUGCUUCAGGAAAAUCGGAGCAGGAUAAAGAGAGGGAGUCUGGGAAAACCAUGUCCACUCCUGACCAGGGUCAUAGCAGCAACAGGCUUGCAGUGACAUCAUCCAGGUCAGAGGUCAAAUACACAGUCGCCACAGCACUGUUCCAACUACUUCUUCCCUGUGUCUUCAGAUCUGACAGCAGUAGUGACAGUUUGAGUGAGGAGGAGGAAGAGGUACCGAUCCUCACAGAUGAAGAGAUGAACAAAUUGGGGGCCAGGCUGGUGAAGGCAGAGAUUAUGGGUAACACGGCUCUGAUGGAGAAACUGAAGACCCAGCUAGAAUCAGCCCGUAAUGCCAAGGAGAAUCGUGCUGCACAGCAACCUGGGAAAUCGGACAGGGCUCCAGGUCAAACAGAGGAGGACCAGGAAGUACUUCUCUUCAGAACAGACCAAUCGGGUCGCGCCUGGCCGGUCAAUGCCUCUUCGGAACCCCAGGAGCCCGGAGGAAGACGGAGGAAAAAGAAGGCGAUUGAGACCCACAGGGAUGGGGAGCGUAUGAGAUAUUUCCAGGAUGAUGACAGUGUGGGUCUUCAUGAGAUGGUCCGCAGGGAGAAGAUGAGCUCUGCAGAGGACCAGAACUCCCUCUACGCACGCAUGGCUGGCAAGAUGAUGGGGAAGACAGACGAUGACAACUACACCCUGGAUGACAUGUUUGUUUCCAGCGUGGCUCAGAGAGAGGGCGAGGGGCGGGACGAGGAGAGGAUGAGGAGCAGAGCCAUCGCGGAGCACAGGCGACUGGCCGUUACCAUGGAGAAAUGCCAUCACUGCUUCAGCAACCCCGAGCUCCAGAAACACCUGCUCAUCGCCAUAGGAACGAAGGUGUAUCUGAGCCUGCCUGGGGGUGUGUCUCUGACAGAGGGUCACUGUCUGAUCACUCCACUGCAACACCACUGCUCUGCCACUGGAUUGGAUGAGGACGUGUGGACCGAGAUCCAGGUGUUCCGCAGGGCGCUGGUGCAGAUGUUUGAGUCUCAGGAUCAGGACUGUGUGUUUAUGGAGACCCACAUGAACCCAAAGAGACGCCAGCACAUGGUCCUGGAGUGUAUCCCUCUACCCAGAGAACUGGGAGACAUGGCUCCUAUCUACUUUAAGAAAGCCAUCAUGGAAUGUGAUGAGGAGUGGGCAAUGAAUAAGAAGGUAGUGGAUCUCUCCUCCAAAGACAUCCGCCACGCUGUGCCGCGGGGUCUGCCAUAUUUCUCAGUAGACUUUGGUCUUCAGGGGGGCUUUGCUCACGUCAUUGAAAACGAACACAAGUUCCCCCACUACUUUGGCAAGGAGAUUGUUGGGGGGAUGUUGGACGUGGAGCCGAGGAUAUGGAGGAAGUCCAUCAGAGAGAACUUUGACGACCAGCGGAAGAAAGUCCUUGAGUUCUCCCAGUGGUGGAAACCCUUCGACUGCACCAAGACGGACAGCUGAACCAACCAACCAACACAUCUCAAUAAACCCUUAGCCCCUAAAAAUAUACAGUAGAUGUAACUGCAAUAGCCCCCUUCUGCGUUAGCCCCUUGUCUUCUGAGACUAUGACUGUCUGCUUUAUAAUCCUCUGAUCCUGUCAACACAUUGUUUUACUCUGAGAUUAUUCUGAUUAAAUACGGGCAGAAGGCCAUAAAAUAACUAUUUUAAAAGCUGAUGUACAACUGUUGUGUAUGUUGGGAUACAUUGUUUUACUAUCUUAAAAAUAAAUGAAUAUGAUGCUUUC